UCAUUCACCCCAUCGCCUUUAUUGAGCGGUUCCUGUGUGCGUGGCGCCGUACUGAGCGCUCGGGAGGGACGAGUGGGCAGCAGAGCGAGGCGGUCGUUCAUCCCGUCGUCUGGACUGAGCGCUGACAGCAGUGGACUGAGCGCUUGGGAAGCCCAGGCCGGCCGCAGAGAGAGACGGUCCCUCCCCCAGCAGCGGCCAUGCUGCUGGUCCUGUCGGAGGAGCACAAGGAGCACCUCGCCUUCCUGCCCACGGUGGGCGGCGACGUGGUGGCCGAGUUCGGGCGCAUCGCCGUGGAGUUCCUGCGGAAGGGGGCCAACCCCAAGGUCUACGACGGGGCCGCCAGAAAACUCAACGUGAGUAGUGACACAGUUCAGCAUGGAGUGGAAGGAUUAACGUAUCUUCUCACUGAGAGUUCAAAGCUUAUGAUUUCUGAACUGGAUUUCCACGACUCUGUGCUGGUUUUGGGAUUCGGGGAAGAACUGAACCAGUUGCUGCUUCAGCUUUACCUGGACAACAGAAAAGAGAUCAGAAUCCUACUGAAGGAGCUGGCGCCCGACCUCCCCAGUUACCACAACCUUGAGUGGAGGCUAGAUGUGCAGCUGGCGAGCCGAAGUCUGAGGCAGCAGAUCAAACCGGCCGUGACGGUGAAGCUCCACCUCAGCCAGGACGGGGAGCAGAGGACCGAAGUGCUGCAGACGGACCCGGCCACGCUGCUCCACCUGAUUCGCCAACUGGAGCGGGCGCUGGGGGAGAUGAAAACCAACCACUGCCGGAGAAUCGUCCGCAACAUCAAGUGACGGUUCAGCAAAGCUCGCCGGCCACCUCCUCCGAUCAUUUACCGGGCGUUCGCUGCCACCCCGAUAACCAGCUCAAGCGAAGCUCCUCUCGGCGCUAGCUUCCUAGCGGUCCGAUCGAUGUCUUCGGACUUCAGGUGGGUUUCGAAUGUGGACCGCGUACCGAGCCAUCGCCUAAAAGCGACCGAGAGUUGUUCAUCCGUUCCGUCUAUGUUUAUCGCUACCUCUCGGUACAGCGGGUUCACCUUUAGCUCCUCAAUUGAAUAUGUUCUCUUUUGCUUUUCCUUCUGACCUGAUGUAUCAAAUAUGGAAAUAAAAAGUCACCUUGACUAAUUCAGAUCAAG